AUAUUAUUAUUAUUUUUUUUUUUGCUCUGUAGAAAAAGCCCCAUAACGCAGACGCUGCCUUCUCUCUAUUCUCUCAAGUAAUUAAUCAACACUAGUGGUUUCACUUAAUCUAACCAUGUCAAAAUCCGACUCUUCCUCCUUCUCCAUCGCUGCUAGUGGCCGGUUGGCCGUGCUCGCAGCUCACCUUACUGCCGCGGCGUCGAUUGAGUCGGCCUCGAUUUCGCCUCCCGUUUUAGAGGCGCAGAGUGUCUCCGCCCUGGUCCCGCCGCCGGGAAACUUACAGAGAACUCUCACCGUCAUUGAUGAGAGGAACGGUAAGAAGUAUCAAAUUCAGGUCUCUGAACAUGGCACAGUCAAAGCCUCUGAUUUCAAAAAGAUAUCAGCUGGAAAGGAUGACAAGGGGCUCAAACUUUAUGACCCAGGUUAUCUCAACACGGCUCCUGUUCAGUCUUCAAUUUCUUACAUCGAUGGUGACGAGGGUAUCCUCAGAUAUAGAGGCUACCCAAUAGAGGAGUUGGCUGAGAGUAGCACCUUUUUGGAAGUGUCCUACCUCAUAUUGUAUGGGAACUUGCCAUCUGAAAGUCAGUUAGCAGACUGGGAAUUUGCUAUUUCUCAGCAUUCCGCUGUACCACAGGGCAUUUUGGAUAUUAUACAGGCAAUGCCUCAUGAUGCACACCCAAUGGGUGUACUUGUCAGUGCAAUGAGUGCUCUUUCGAUCUUUCAUCCUGACGCUAAUCCUGCUCUUAGAGGGCAAGAUCUUUACAAGUCCAAACAAGUCAGAGACAAACAAAUUGCUCGCAUUCUUGGAAAGGCACCUACUAUUGCAGCAGCAGCAUAUUUGAGGUUGGCAGGCAGGCCUCCAGUUUUGCCUUCCAGCAACCUUUCUUACGCAGAGAACUUCUUGUACAUGCUAGAUUCACUAGCUAAUCGAUCAUAUAAACCUAAUCCUCGACUUGCUCGAGUGCUAGACAUACUUUUCAUACUGCAUGCAGAGCAUGAAAUGAAUUGCUCCACUGCUGCUGCCAGGCAUCUUGCAUCGAGUGGUGUCGAUGUAUACACUUCUCUUGCUGGGGCUGUUGGAGCACUGUACGGUCCUCUUCAUGGUGGAGCAAAUGAGGCUGUGCUUAAGAUGUUGAGUGAGAUCGGAACUGUUGAGAACAUUCCAGACUUCAUUGAGGGUGUGAAAAACAGGAAGCGAAAGAUGUCGGGUUUUGGACAUAGGGUGUACAAAAACUAUGAUCCCAGAGCAAAAGUCAUUAAGAAACUAGCAGAGGAAGUAUUUUCUAUUGUUGGUCGAGAUCCUCUUAUUGAGGUAGCAGUUGCUUUGGAGAAAGCUGCACUAUCUGAUGAAUAUUUCGUUAAGAGGAAGCUAUAUCCAAAUGUUGAUUUCUACUCUGGAUUAAUAUAUAGAGCAAUGGGAUUUCCAACGGAGUUCUUCCCUGUAUUAUUUGCUAUUCCUCGAAUGGCUGGUUACUUAGCACACUGGCGAGAGUCACUGGAUGAUCCUGAUACAAAGAUAAUGAGACCACAGCAGGUCUACACUGGGGCAUGGCUUCGACAUUAUAUGCCACUCAAAGAAAGGAUGGAAACAAGCGAUGCAGAUAGGCUUGGUCAAGUUUCUGUUUCAAAUGCCUCUAGGCGCCGGCUUGCUGGAUCUGGGAUUUAGGCGUUCAUUGGGUUCAUUUAAUAUGUCAAUUUGAAGGGGAGGGGAAAAAUGAAAUAAUUAUGUGAAAAUUAUAAGAAUGAGGGAAUAAAUGUAACUCCGAAUAUUUAGGCCACUAUUGGAGCAUAACUGUCACGGUUUGCUCUGUAUUUGUAUUCAAAUACAAAAUAAUAUUUUGCAAUUCAUAGCUGGAAAGAAAUGCCAUGAAAUGUUUUAUUUUCUGGUUUUAA